AUGUCUGACCGAACGAUCACCGCCGCCGCCGACGACAGCCAAUUAUUGACUUACGAGUCGAUAUUUGAGUCGUUUGUCCGCCAAAAGUCAUUUAAAUGCCAUUACGACGGAUGCGACAAAGGGUUCGCCACUCAAAGGGCAUUGGAUUCGCAUAUAAGCCGAAGACAUGCCAUUGAAGACAACACACAGUCCGGGGAACCGAUCGGCGGGUCAUCUCAUGUCAGACACCAGUCAUUGAGUGCAGCACUCGAUGGCAGACAACAGAUACCAAUCAUCAGUACUACUGACACUUCACUUCCACUAACAAUAACCACAACCACUACUACUUCCAGUGCCGACACUCAAUGUGUGGCCAAUACUCUACAUAAUCUCAUCACAUCAUCCGAUGCCGGAGACCAGUCCAUGAGUAGAGCACCCGAUGGCAGACAACAAAUGCCAACAAUCACUACCACUAGUCUUCCACCGCAACCGCCAGUCAUCGCAACUUCUACCUCCAGACCCGACAGAAACUCGUCCGAUAUCACAGACCAGUCCAUGAGAAGAGCGAGUGAUGUAAGCGAACAGAAGCCAGAGAUCACAGCUACUUACCCUUCAGUCUCGGCGCCGACAAUCAUCACAACAACCACUUCCAGUCCCGACAGACAAUUCCUGGACAUAACUCUUAAAAACCCUUCUUCAGCCGAUAUCAAAGGCCAGUCAUUGACGACAUCACUCAAUGCCAUUCAUAAGAUUUCAAAGACCGAGACAACAGUUGUGCCAUCACUGCCACAAACAGUGACCACUUCCAGCGCCGACAGCCAAUUGGUGGACAUUACUAGCGAUAAUGAUUCGGACUCUGAUAUCGAACUCAUUGGUAGAGUUCCGGCGCCCAAACGGCCCGCACGUAACCGAUCGCCCGUUGAUAUCAAGCCAUCGCUCGUAGACUCCAUACCUCUGGUGCCUAAUAUUGUCAAAAAAGCGCCCGAAGUGGACAUAAAAGUUACAGGCGCUGGCAAUGAGCUAAUUCGUGACAUCGCGCCCGGCAUACGGGUGGUCAAGAAGCGUAAGGCGCCCGUAGAUCCACGACUGGCCGCUAAAACUACCAGAACAAGUGCACCCGACCUGAUCCCAUGGUACCCGUGCCCGUACAUGGGUUGCCGCCAGACAUUUAACACCCAAUCAUUACUGACUACACAUAUGCAGUCCAUCCACUCAUGGGUGCAGUGGUCGCCCGAUUUAAGCUAUCCGUGCGAUAAAUGUGACCAAAAGUAUAGCACAGGACUCGCGCUUCACAACCAUCAAGCGGUGGCGCACCCGAAGCCCGCGCCCAUCACCACCACUAAGAAAUCCUCAACAGACCUGAUCCCAUGCCCUUCGGUGCCUAAUAUUGUCCAAAAAGCGCCCGAAGUGGGUAUAAAGCGCUGGCAACGCGUUGGCAAUGAGCUAAUCCGGGACAUCGCGCCCGACAUACGACCGGUUGGGAACACUACCGCCACAUCGAAACUCAAGUGUCCGCACACGGGUUGCGGCCAAACAUUGCAAACAAACAAAUCAUUUAAAAGACAUGCGACGCGUUGCAAAUGGCGGCUGCGUGUGGAGCAACCGUUGACCACAUUUCACAGCCACUCAUUGGUGCAGCGGUCGGCCGAUCAGCGCUUUCCGUGCGAUAAAUGUCACCUAAAGUAUGGCACAGAACUCGCGCUUCACAACCAUCGAGCGUUGGCGCACCCGAUGCCCAAUGCACUCGUGUGUCCGAACACGGGUUGCGUCAAAACAUUUCCAACAAACAACUCAUUGCACAAACAUCUGGAGCGGUGUUGCAAAUGGCGGCCGACGGGUGUCGGCCAACCGGUGGCCACCACUAGUAGACCGUCAGCGGCGGUUAUCAACCAGUGUCCUGAGUGUUGGCAGACCUUUAAAAGGCCGCGACAACUGCAUAGACAUCGGGCCCUCCACUGCCAAUCGGGUGCCAGCCAUCUGUGCCGGAGCGCCGACUGCGGCAAAACAUUUCAGAGCCGGAAACUACUUCAAAAACACAUUAAGACUCACCGCAAGUACGACAAACCGCUGACCGUUAACCGGCCACCGAUGGCCGCGACCCACAAGUUCACCGCUAGCGCCCCAAUGAGAUACCUGUGCCGGCACGUGGGCUGUCAUCAAGGGUUUACCGAUAAACACCUACUGUUCGCACACGUUCAGGCCGUCCACGUGUCCGCCGCGCUGUACGACCCGUCGGCGAGUGUACACCCGGCCGAUCGGCACCGGUGUUCGCGUUGUGACAACACGUUUGUGUCGAUGCGCGCCCUUUUCGACCACCAAAUGCUCGCUCAUCGCUGA